AUACUCUCCCCUCACACUUUUCGUGUUCUCCGCCACCCUCUUUCCUUUCUCCAUUUUUUCUUCAGCGCCUUUGCUACUUCGCAACACACCACAAUGGCCACCAAUGCACUCGCUGGCACAUCUCUCUCCAUGCGAUCUCUCCUUCCUCAAACACAGGCAUUUACCUCAAUUUCUGGCCUGAGAUCUGCUUCAAUUUCCAGCUUUGGGAGAAAGAAUGUUUCUUUUAGCUUGCAGCCACGCUCGAUUCGCCUUAAAAUUUCCUGUGCUGCCGCUAAACCAGAGACAGUAGAGAAGGUGUGCAAAAUAGUAAAGAAGCAGCUGGCUAUGCCUGAAACUGAUGUUGUGACGGGGGAGUCAAAAUUUGCAACUCUUGGUGCUGAUUCCCUUGACACGGUUGAGAUCGUGAUGGCACUUGAGGAAGCAUUUGGUAUUGCCAUUGAAGAGGACAGCGCACAGAGCAUCGCUACUGUUCAGGAUGCUGCAGAUCUUAUUGAAGAAAUCGUUCAGAAGAGUUCUUAGAGUAAACAUGUACCUGAAGGUUUGUGUAAAACAGGAACUCAUUAUAGUCACCAUGCCGAUCAAUAUUUAUGGUGUGGGGGCAAUUGAGUCUCGAGUGUUUUAGUUGUGAACUCUGUUGUUGCGUGAUUAAACAAGUCUGAGAAGAAAAACAAAUUAGUCCAACCUUUUGUUUGUUUCUGGAAGUUAGUUAUAUUAAGUUGUGUUUUUUGCAUUAAGGGGGUUUUUGUCAGUGAUAUGUACUAGAGGUAGAUUUAUGUCAAUGAUAUAUGUUAAUUUUAUUCAGUCUCAUAUCUAGCUAAAUAAUUAGACGAGAACUCCAUGUACGUUUGACGUCAGGUCUAUAUUGAGGUGCUUACAAAUAAACAUCUUUUUAUACAA